AUGUGUCCUCUAGCUCAGUGCUUGCUGUACGUGCAUGCCAAGGCAAAGCAGUGCUGCGUGAGCAUAUUGAAGUCGACCGACAAAGCACUGCUCCUACUGACGAUGCUUGCCGAAAUGCGGACCGAGCCACAAGGGCAGGCGUACCUACCGCCGAGCGGUCCUCCUUCGAGACCCUCGCCAAACGCCGGCCAUCCGGACGAAUGGGCUGGGGAUCCGGUGAACUACGAGUUCUCGUACGAGGUGCAGGACGCGCAGGCGGGGCUGGACUUUGGCCACAAGGAGAUGCGCAAGGACGACGAGGCGAGCGGAAGUUAUCACGUCCUGCUUCCGGAUGGACGGACGCAGUACGUGGAGUACGUGGCCGACAGCGGUGGCUACCGACCGAUGAUCCGGUACGAGGGCACCGCCAGCUAUCCCGCCCACUCGCCCGGCGGCGGAGGCGAGGGAUACAAGUACAAGAAAAAAUAA